ACCGGAGCACCUGGGCCCAACCUAUCCUUGUCGCCCUUUUGUCUGAACGGAGGGGCCCCAAGGAGGCUUGAGAAACUAAGCUAGGCAAAUUUCUCAGCGAACCCAUGGCGAGGGACACCGCGCAAACUCCGAUCAUCCCUCGUCCCCGGCUGCUUCAGGGCGCCGCCAGUUAUCCCUCCGACCUCACCGCCCCCUCGCUGUCUGCGCCCUUCAAGCUUGACGAGGGUUAUUCCGAUGAAACGAGAAGUCAGCCCGACAAGGACUUCCUGAAUUCGCCCCCCGAUGAUGUGAUGCCGCUCCCCGACUGGGUUAAUGCUUAUAAUGAGGCUGAGCGAGCCGAGCUCGCCUACAAGCUUCUACGCACCUUGCGUGCUUCCACUGUCGCCUCGGUGGUUGAGAAGCUAGCGCCUCUAUUGCACAUGGAUCCCGUGCUAAAGUUACCUCCGGAAAUCACAGCCGAGAUCUUCUCCUACCUCGACCCUCAAACAUUGGUAACAGCUUCGUUGGCAUCCCGCUCCUGGCGUGAUCGCAUUUUUGACACCCGUCUUUGGAGAGAUUUGUACAUCAGCGAAGGCUGGCGGGUCGACAUUGACGCCGUGCAUACGUACGAACAGGAACACUCGGGAUUGGAAUCCCCCCAACUCCGAAAAUCUCGGUUGAGGCAUAUAGACCCGGAUCUUGGUGAACCGAAACAGAAGAAGCGCGUACCCCCCAGCUGGCUAGACUCUCGCGCGACAGGAUCGCUGGAUAACAAUGAGGCCGUGCAAGGAAAUGGGCUGCAGCCUUCCGCAGCGGCAGAUGUUGAGGGUGAUCAUCACAUGAGUGAUGCGUCGAACGAUCGUGGACCGGUGCUCGCAGCUGGGCAACAAUCAUCAAGCGCACGUCAUGAGUCGUCGGGAACUGCUCAACUGAAGUCAAACUUACAGCAGAUUUCGACGAACGCUAGCCCUCCCAAGUCAUCACUAUUGAUUCGGAUGCCCAAUGGUGCCGCGAAGAUGAAUUGGCCACAUCUAUAUCGGGUACGGAGGCGGCUGGAAGAGAACUGGACCAAGGGCCGUUUUACGAACUUUCAGCUGCCGCAUCCUAAUCACAUGGAAGAAUCUCAUCAGGAGUGUGUAUAUGCGAUUCAGUUUACCGAUAAAUGGUUGGUCAGUGGUAGCCGGGACAAGACUGUUCGAGUAUGGGACCUGGACACCAAGCGAUUAUGGCAUCCGCCUCUUCAAGGCCACUCAAAGUCGGUUCUCUGUCUGCAGUUCGAUCCCCGCCCUUCUGAAGAUAUCAUCGUGUCGGGAAGCAGCGAUAAGAAUGUCAUAAUCUGGCGCUUUUCUACUGGAGAGAAGCUUCACGAGAUUGCGCCAGCUCAUGAUGAUUCUGUCCUAAACCUCCGAUUCGACGAACGCUAUAUAGUAACUUGCUCCAAGGACAAACUUAUCAAGAUCUGGAACAGGCGCCAGCUUACACCAAUGGACAAGGACUACCCCUCUGUUUUCCAGGGUUCGGGUGUCUCCUAUCCCUCGUAUAUUGUUGACACAAGCGACAUUCCCGCUUUUAUCCUCGAGGCCGAAAUUGCCAAAAAUCACAUUCGAACCUUGGCGCCAUAUUCGUUGCUAAUGAUCCUUGACGGACACACUGCUGCAGUGAAUGCUAUCCAGCUCAACGAGGAUGAAAUCGUGUCCGCCUCGGGCGAUCGCCUGAUCAAGGUCUGGAACCUGCGCAACGGCGCGUGUCGGAAGACAAUGAUAGGCCACGAAAAGGGCAUUGCAUGCGUACAGUUUGACAGCAAACGCAUCAUCAGUGGAAGCAACGAUGAUACAGUUCGUAUUUUCGACCACGCCUCCGGUGCCGAAGUGGCCUGCCUGCACGGGCACGCCAACCUCGUUCGGACAGUCCAAGCUGGUUUCGGAGACCCACCGGGUGCAGAGGAGGCCUUGCGACUGGAAGCUCUGGCUGUCGACAACGAGUUUCGUGAUGCUCAGCGCACCGGUGCAAACGUUGACCUCGGCCCUAGUGCCCUCCGGCGCGCCGGAUAUCAACAAAACACCAACGGGUCCCGGAACCCAAGAGACAUCAAAGCCCUGGGUGCCAAAAUCCCCCCGGGCGGAGGCGGGAGCCAAUGGGGACGAAUCGUCUCCGGCUCAUACGACGAAACCAUCAUCAUCUGGAAGAAGGACAACGAAGGCCGCUGGGUUGUAGGCCAGCGACUCCGACAGGCAGACGCCGCCGCCAAUGCCUCAUACAGCCACCUAGAUUCCUCUGCACGCCAGACAAUCGCACGAGCCAACGCCUUUGCUCAAGCGCACCAGGCGCAACAAGCCCAAGCUACCAUGGCGGCGGCGGCGGCCGCCGCUGCGAUAUCAACAGGCGGUGGAGCACCGCAGCAACCACAACCACCACGUUUGUCGACCAACAACUCCAAUUCUAACGAUCCCUCCUCGCAAAAUGCACCCUGGCCCGCGCACCUAGCCCUGAACCCGGCCCUCCUCAUCUCCAACAACCUCCCACCCACCGUCCAGCAAAGCACACCUCAAGCUCAAACUCAAGCACCCGCACCCAUAAUGCAUGCCGGCGCCCCAAUGAGACCACCACCACUACCACCCCAUGCUCAGCAACACCAACACCAACAACAGCAACACCCCCGAGUGAGAGCCUUCCCCGCCGCCCCCCAACAACCACCUACCUCGAGGAUCUUCAAGCUCCAAUUCGACGCGCACAAGAUAAUCUGCGCAAGUCAGGACCCGAGGAUAGUCGGGUGGGAUUUCACCGCUGAUGAUGAGGAACUGAAAGAAGCGUGUCAGUUCUUUACGGGGCUGUAACCUAGCCGCCUUACAUUACUACUAUCUAUCAUCAGCGUACGGGGAAAAUGAUGAUGUGGUAUAAGUGUUACCUCCCGGAUCCA